CUCUGAGUGGUAUGGUGCUGCCCGUGCUCUCCUCUGUGUACACUUGCUCUCGGACUUAAUAUUCAGAACUCCUCUCACGUUCCGCUUUGAAUAUUCUACACGAGCCCUGUCUAUAGGGAAGAUAUUUUGACAUCGAACGGAUAAAUGAUACCGCAAGGUGGCACCUGCACGUUCACAGCGACUCCGUCUCUCCAGUGCAAGUUUUGGAAUCUUGCAAAAUUAUUCCCCAGCAAAAAAUUAUUCCACUGAACAUCAUUAUUAAUCCUGUAGAAAUCUAGUCUUAAUAUUAAGCCUGACUUGUCGGCUCAAACUAUCGCUCCUACCGUUAGCUGCACUUCGUCAGAUUUUUAUUGAUGAAUAGGUUAAAGGAUUUUUCGACCUUGCAAUAUCGACCACUGCGGAUCUACUUUUUGCGGAUCUACGGAUAGAACGUAUCCUGGGUUAGAAGUAUCUGAUGUAUUGAGCUUUUCCUAAUCGAUCAUUGAACAUAGAACAUUGAACUGCGUGACCUCCUAUUGAAUUCUGAAGAAGAAACCGUAUAGGUUUUAUUAUUUUCAAAGUCCCGAGCAUAUCUAUUGUGUUCGUUCCAGUCCCGAGAAGCGACUCGUAUGCUAGUGAAAUAUUCCAGUAUCUGCCGCAGUAGCAAAGCUGGAGCGCUGAGCGCACUAACUUGUGGGAGGAUAUUCCUUACAAUCUUUCCUGAGCAAACGCGCUUUGUGAUGAUACUUUUGUGUUUAACUAUAAAUUGAAGAAGCUAAACGAGUUCAAAGGAGUUGCUUUGAUGCAGCGUUUGUGCAACAGAAUACAAAGAAUUUAAUUUGCUGGGAGAUAUUACGUGGAAUUAAGAGUAUCUGAGACUGAAGAGUUUAGUUCACAAUAUCUGUUGUGAUUAUUUACUUUUCCUACAACUGUGAUUGAUAAGAUCGGACGAAGUGAAGUGACGUAGUUCCAGAAAAAGAUAAAGCAAAUACAUAUACCUAAAUACUUAGGAUAUCAUUCCUUUUUUGAAUUUACGAAGAAGUAAUCUCAGUGAUAGAUAGAUUACCUUGAACAUCCCAAGGAAAGUUCAAAGCUGCUCGGCCCGACUCACCGUGCGCACGCCAGCAGAAAACGAUGCAAGAGCUCGUGGAGAGCGGCGGUGACUUGUCCUGGGUUCCGCCACAGCAAAUGUUGAGCGCAUUCUGUCCAUCAGCGGACUGUCCUGAGGAGAUGAUGAGGACUUCUCCGUCCAUCAACGCCUUCACCAACACCACCACGUCCGCCAGACCACUGCCGGACCCGGCCCACUGCGUGCAGCAGCUGCGGGCUCUCCUGCCUUCGCGUCCCGAUAUCGGCUUCCUUAGGACAGACUCGGAUUUUUUGCUCCGUUUUCUGAAAGUUCGGAACUUCCAAGUUGGCGCUGCGUUCCAACUUUUGUGUGGCUAUUACAGCUACCGCCAGAGGGAGCGUGAGCUCUUCAAGGUGACGCUGGGAGGGGCGGGGGUGCGCGCGUGCCUGCAGGACGGCGCUGUGGGUGUGCUGCCUGAGCGCGACUCAAGCGGCUCUCCGGUGCUGGUCGUCCUCGCCUCCAACUGCGACCCCGUCAAGUGCGGGCUGGCUGACGUGUGGGGCGCAGUGCUGCUCAGUCUAGAGAAGCUGUCGGCGCGGGGGGAGGAGGCGGGGCUGCUGUGUGUCGUAGACUGGUCCGAGUGUCCCGCGCGACUCAACGCUGAGCUCAACCACCGCGCCCUCAGACUCGUGCUUGACGGCACACAGGACGCGUUCCCUCUGCGGUUGUCCGGCCUGCACCUGCUAAACGCCCCCUGGUGGACGGGCACCGCCCUGCGCUUCGCCAGGCCAUUUAUUAAAGAAAAAACUCGAGGACGAAUCCACGUGCACGGUAACAAUCUUUCUAGUCUCCACAAGCAUCUGCCGCCUCGCCUGCUGCCUGCACAACUUGGGGGCGAAGGAGGCGAGUAUAAACCUGCGAAGUGGGCCGAUACUGUACUAGAUUUAGCGGGAAAACCUUGCAAAAUCAUCACAAGGUCAAGGGAAAGCUCCUUGAAGGAGAAAGAACCUGAUGAAAGAAACCUCCACGCCACUAACGUCGAUGAGCCUGAAGAUGCACAAAAGAUUAAGAAAGAGGCAUUAGACAGUAAAAAUGAACAGGAAGAAAGUCUUACACAGAGAAGUACCUCCAAUGAAGGCCACAUUCCUCAAACCAAGAGAUUCACGUUCGAAAAUCUCAUCAAAUCGGGGGCGAAGAAAUUUCAACUCGCACAGAUGACCGAAGGUUCUGACGGCUUCACACUCAAAAAAAUCAAGUCUCUCAGUGUGGACACCUCAGGCUACUCGCCGACUAGUAAUUCUUCGAACAGCGUUUUUAAUUUUGCCAGGUCAAAAUCCAUGCCCCUUUCAGCCGACGACGACGAAGAUGAAGAGGAUGAAGCAGAUGAAAAGGAAGAAGAAGGGGAAAGCGUUUAUAAUUUUCCAAAACCAAGGCAACCGCAAAGCUUUUCGUCCACCAUAACGAACACCUUGACGAACAACAUGAACAGAAUGGGGCUGAACAUUCUGUCUCCAGACCGAGCGAGCUCAUACGACAAGGGCCAGCCUAGUUCCCAUCUUCUGCCGAACAAUGACGCUGUCUUGCCCACGUGAAAUCUUACGUGCAUAAGUUUCUUUCGGUUUGCUUGCAUAUCUACUAGGGAGCUAGAUCUAAUGCCUUAUAUUAAUAUACUAUUGAUAGACUUGUCAGUCUAGCCACAAAUUGUGUUGGCUCAUCAUAAAUAUAUAAAUCGAAGGUUUAGUCGUACGUUUACCACAUAAGCGUACAGUAAUGAAACCUAAUACAAGUCUCGACUCCUACAAUAGAUCAUCGAGAUGCUAGAAACCAUCACCUUAGUAGCCUCUUCUAGUCCGUGAACCAUCGUGAGGCAAGAGUAAGUAAAACCUAAACAUGCUGCGGUAAAAAGUUCCGCUGAACGCAGACUUAUUCAGAGCACGAGGAAGCUAACUCUUAAGACGAGAAAUCUUCAAACUUUGGACGAGCGUUAGUGCGUAUUUAUUUAACUUCAGUCAUUCAUAUUACUAACAGAAAUUUCUGUGAUUGCAAGAGCCUUUGCUUUGAAUACGAAUCGUGUUCAGGCCAUGUUUCACAUUGUGGUGAAUAAUUACCAUUUCAUAGGUUUUAAUGGAGUGAAUAGCAUUCAUUUUUACGCACCCGAAAGGUUAGAACGUGCAGCAGCACUAGAAAUUCGGAAAUAUAUAAUGACGUUUUUGUUAGGUGGUGGCAAUGACUAUUCAACUUGUAAGCUUUUCCUGAAUCUUCCUCGAAGAAGGUUUACUUUCAGAAUAAAAAAAAAAGGGAAUCGCU